AAAUUUUAAAAAAUCCAGAUUUGAAGUAGUGAAGUGAACUGACGACUUUUUCCUCCCCCUGAUAACAGCAUUUUCUAAAGUUUAAAACCAAAAAAUUCCAGGCUCAGAUGCCAGGGUACACAGCCUAUAUAUAUUAUAUAUGUAUAUACAUUUUGGACAAAUCCAAAGAAAACUCAAAACCUGAAACUGUUUCAGUGACAAAAUCAGCCUCCAAAAUAAACAAUGGGAACUUGCUGGCCUUUCAAACAUAUUGUUCUUGUAGCAUUUCUUGCUCUAUCAGUCUCAUUCAAAGCAGCAAAUUCAGACCCUCAAACCAAAUACAUAACUCAUGGAUGUAGCACGUACAAUGCUACUGAUAUGAGGGAUUUCUUCAACAAUCUUAAUUCCAGCUUUGCCGAUCUCAGAAACCAGAUAUCACAACAGAAGAAGUAUUUUGCUACCACAAACCACCCUGUUUAUGCCCUGUUUCAGUGCAGGAAUUACCUUUCCAAUGCUGAUUGUGUUUCUUGUUACGACACCGCCGUUUCCCAGAUCAGGAAUUGCUCUGCUGCUACGGGAGCUCGUGUUCUGUUUGAUGGCUGCUUCUUAAGGUACGAGAGUGCGAUUUUCUAUCAAGAGACCACUCCUCAAGAUGGAUAUGGCGGGAUAUGCAGCAGUAAAAAUGCAUCACAGCCAACUAAUUUUCAAACUCAGGCUGUGGCUCUGUUGCAGGAUCUAAAACUCGCGACGCCGCGAAUUAAUGGAUUUUUUGCUGCAUCAAAGAGGCAACUGAGCAGUAAUGGUAAAGAUGCAGUUUAUGCAGUGGCUCAGUGCAUCGAAACAGCCAGCCCGAGUGGUUGUCGAGACUGCUUGAAUAUUACAUAUAGCAACAUAAAUGGCUGUUUACCUAAGGAAGAUGGAAGAGCUUAUCAUGCAGGUUGUUUUAUGAGGUAUUCAGCAACUCCUUUUUUCGCCGAUAACCAGACAACCAAUAUCAAUCCUUUUCUUGGAGAUGGAGGAGGACUGUCAAAGAAAACGAAAGCCAUUAUUGGUGGAGUUGUUGGUGGUGCCGGCCUUGUCCUUAUUCUACUUGCUUUAUUUUUAUGGUAUCAACUAAACCGAAAACCGAAGAAAGUUCAGAAAGGUGAUAUCUUGGGAGCAACAGAACUGCAAGGUCCUGUAGUUUACAGUUACAGGGUUCUAAAAUCUGCAACAAAAGACUUUAGUGAAGAAAAUAAACUUGGAGAAGGCGGUUUUGGUGAGGUGUACAAGGGCACAUUGAGUAACGGUAUCUUUGUUGCCGUCAAGAAGCUUAGUCUGAUUUCAGAUAGGGUAAAGGCGGAGUUCGAGAGUGAAGUCAGACUUAUUAGUAAUGUUCACCAUCGGAAUCUUGUGCGCCUAUUAGGUUGUGCGGACAAAGGGGCUGACCUGCUCCUUGUCUAUGAGUACAUGGCAAACGGAAGCUUAGAUAGAUAUCUAUAUGGUACCGUAAUCUUUAUCUUCGAAUGUGUGCGGAUGUUAUUGUUUCCCAAAAUUUCUUAUGGAUACAAAAUCUUCUUCACUUCUACUCUUGCAUUCAUCAAUCAAGAUCCUUUUAUCUUCAUGCUGGCAGGAGAAAAAAAAGGACUUCUCAGCUGGAAGCAGAGGUUUAACAUAAUAUUUGGAAUGGCUAGGGGUCUUGCGUAUCUGCAUGAACAAUACCAUGUUUGCAUUAUUCAUCGCGAUAUAAAAUCGAGCAAUAUCUUACUAGACGGUGAUUUUCUGCCAAAGAUUGCUGAUUUUGGAUUGGCGAAACUUUUGCCUGACGAUCGCAGUCAUUUGAGCACAAGAUUUGCUGGUACCUUGGGAUACACAGCACCAGAAUAUGCAACAAAGGGACAUUUGACAGAGAAAGUAGAUACUUACAGCUUUGGAAUUGUAGCCCUUGAAAUAAUCAGCGGCAUGAGAUGCAACACAAAAGUUGACCCUGACAGUGGGUACCUUCUUGAGCAGGCGUGCAAGCUUUAUGAGAUGGACGCACAUCUACAGUUGGUGGAUGAAACGCUGGACCCUAACGACUACGAUGCUGAAGAAGUGAAGAAAGUCCUAGAGAUCGCCAUGGUCUGCACUCAGCCACAACCUUCUGAUAGACCCACCAUGUCUGAGGUGGUUGUCAUGCUGUCAAGUGAUGUGUCAAUUGAGCAGCGUCGCCUUUCUUCUAAUAGUAUGAUGGUCGGUAUAGUUAGGAAGUUCUACAAAGAAACAGGGUCACCUGAAACCUUGUCAUCAAACUCUAAUGCCACAGUCACUAUCUCUGAUUUCACCGGCCGAUAGCUUCUUCAAUCUUUAUGUACAGCACGGUUAGCCAUCUUCUUGGAUGAUGUAAAAUACAUCUGAAAUAAUGUAUACAAUAUGCAACUAAAAGCUCCAGGAGAACUAUUUCUCAAAUAUGGCAAGUUGUAUUAAGCACUUCUCACUACCGUAUGCAGCUGGAAUAGUAUUCAGGUUUUUCGCUACAUCUUUAAGGCCGGAAUAAGGAGCAACAAGAAUUCAGUGCGAACAAAAUGCAAGCAGGUGCACACCACAAUUAUGAAAAAAGUUUUACACUUAUCUUCAAAUCAGAACUAAAUACAAUUAGGGAAACCACUUGCUAGGGUAGAACAAUCUCCAAAAUGCCAACUGAUGUUCUUUUGUGGUUUCAACCACUGAGUAGAAAAGCUUGGGUACACAGUAACUUAAAUUUUUUUUCUCAAGACCUCUUUAACAAGGCAGAAUCAUAAGAGGAAAUUCAAUAACAUACUUAUCCACCAUUUCCUUGACAUUCAAAACAAUAAUAAGUUCCAAGAGUAAGAGCUCACUUUUCUCUGUUACUUACAAAGUUCCUCUUGUAUUGCCUCCACUCCCGAACUUAUCUUUUGAUACACAUGAGCAGUUGGCACUAACUGACACGCAAAAUACAGUCAAAGAACUUGACAAUUGAUCAUCAUUAUUAAAUUUCCUCUUAUGAUUCUGCCUUGUUUUGCGAAUCGAACUUUUGGAUCUACACUGCUCGAGUAAUCUGAUCGUAUGCUUCUUCGAUUUUAGUACUCUGGAGUUUGAUUUGAAGCUUUUUUUUUUCCGACUGCAAAAAAAGGCAGGGAAAAAGAUUAAUUAAACUUCGCUGAAAUUAUGAAUAAUAGUUGAGAUCAGAAGGAGAAAUGGAUCCAGUUGUUGGUCAAGCAGAAGGAAAGAAGAUAGCAUACAGUGGGAAUCCAGUGAGGGAUAUAGAAUCUGGAUAAGGAAGUAGAUGGGAGUGGGACGCAGGGGUUUACCCCAGGAAUAACAUCCUCAUCUGGAACACUCAGGGGAUUUCACACCCCCCUAAAGCACAGAGAACUUAGAAGCUU